CGCGGAUGCCUGCGUGCUUGAACGUUGUUAUACGUUUAUAACAACAUGAUAACAUGAUAUUAUUAGACGAAUGUAUUCUUCUGAAUACCGAACGAUGUGGUUACAACCAUCCGCCAUUGUGCUGAUGAUGGUGCUGCAGACCUGCGUGGCGGGAAGAUUUGAGAGAUUGGAGCGUCGAUUGGAACUGAAACUGAAAUCCUUUCAGGCCUCCGUCGAGGUGAGAUUGGACGCAACUGAAGGAUAUUUUGAUACACUAGCUGAUAGAGUUUCAAAGCUAGAAUCAAUUGUUAAUAAGUCCGAUACCGAUAUCGGGUUGACUAGAAGUAACGGUUCAAGGAACGAGCCUUCUAUAGAAUAUACUAAACCUGAAUUAAACGAGAUUCAAAACACGCUCGCUAUGUACAAAACAUCAUUUAUAAAACAAAAAAAAGAAAUGAACGAUGUGAAGUUUGAUAUAUUCACGUUUUUUGGCAAUCUCAGCUCUGAUGUUAAAACUAAGUUGGCCCUGCACGUUGUAGGGCAAAUAGAAGACAACAAUAAAACAUUGAUGGCUCUAAAUACUCAAGUCCGAGAUCAUAUCGCCAACGAAACAGAAAGUCUAGAAGUUUUUAAAACUAGUAUACUUCAAGACGUGAAUGAGACACGGGCACGUGUCCAAAACGAAACAACUGAACUUGAAAAGAAGGUUGAAAAGCUAAUAGGCAAAGCAAAUGAAGUUGUUGGGAUCAUCGAUGAGCAGAGAUCUACAAUAGAAGACGGUAUUAUGGUCACCAUCAGGGCGCUUUACAGUUCCUGGAGUGGUUGGUCUACAUGGUCCGACUGUCCUCAGUCAUGUCAAAGCGGAAACAGAAGUAGACACAGGUCUUGUGAUGUACACCCGCCUGUUACUGAUGGAAUUUGCAUUGGAAAUGAUACAGAUACAGAGGAAUGCAUCAUUCACGAGUUUUGUACACGUGUGCUGAACUGCACCAUACCUAAGUCCACAGAUGUACAUUUUUCGACACUUUCCGGCGUGGAAUUAAAAGAGGGGACUCAGAUACAGCAUGGUCAAGAAUUUAUAGCGGAGAAGGAAUGUAAGGAUUACUAUGUGGGUUACUACCUCAAUUACGAAGACGCUUAUGAAGAAGUAACUAGUUCUCCAACAAGACUCGUUAAUACGCACGUUAAUUGUACAGAUGGUGUCCUCUCUGAUUAUACCCUGGUUUGUGACGAUGUGGACAAUAACGAUACUGCCGUUACUAAUCCGGAGGGAUGCAUGACUGUACAAAAUGGCAUUGUCACUGAUAACGGCCAAUCAGUUAAAUGCAACGAGGGUUACGUCAAUGCUCAGAGUCUUUUGUACGAGAGAUACAGUUGUUCAUGUGACAGAAACAUCCCUGCAUUGGUGUGCAAUGGAAAGCAAGCCAAGUGCAAUCCAGCUCUUUGUCCUGAUGGAUGUCAAAACGGUGGGACAUGUACCUCCCCAAUCAAGUGUAGCUGUCCGGAAGGAUUCUCUGGCAAUCGUUGCCAAACAGAGGAGGGAUGUCAGGCUCCGAUUGAUAAAGGAAAUAAUGCAAUUUACCGAAAUGGAGCCACAUUCACUGUUACUCAUGACAGCUGCACCGAUGGCAAUGUACCCAGUUUUAAGGGACAGAUAACUUGUGAAAAUGGCCGCUGGUCAGAGCAAAUCAGGUGUUUGAGAGCGCCAUCGUUUAGAAUCCGGGUGAAAACCGCCGAUUAUAGAACACAUAACGGGGCACAGCAAAAUGUUCAUCUUAAGAUUUAUGGAAGCAAAGAUACAGCAGAUUGGACAAAAUUGAAUCAAACAUUUGAACGUGGAAGAAUUACAGACGAAUGGCUGAUUACGCGAAACAUUGGAAAGAUUAAGAGGAUUGUUCUUUCCACUGGAAAAAGCAACUUAUGGAAACCAGAUUAUGUAACCAUUCAUGAUGAAGACACGGACGAUUUAUACGUGUUUCGAUACAACAGGAGAGAAUACAUACACGACAGAACUAUAACUCUUUACCCAGAAGAUUCGAUCGCCGCAUCACUCACUCGACCCGCUACCGAACAAUUCGGAGAAGGGUCCGGUAAUCAACCCGGGAGGAUAUCUGGAUCGGUAAUGAAAGAAGAGGGUGUUAAAUAUAUACAAGCAAAAUAGUAUUUUAUAACCUCUAUUGUUAAUGCCCCCUUGCACCGAUUUGAGAGCCGAGUUCUAUCCCAAAACGUAUUUAAUGAGAACGAUCUUGCUACAUAUAGUGUGUAGGUCGAUGUCGGCUCCGAUCAAGUUUUUUAAUUUCAAUCUUCUUAGUUUGUUCGACAUUUGACCGAAGAGUCAUCAUUUGUUCAAGUUUAUAACCUUCUUAUGGCAUUGAUGUUAACUUUAAAAGUUAAAAAUGUUUAUGAUAUGUAAACAUACUGUGAUGUGCGAGGACGUCUAAAAUAUUUGUCGGAAUACCGCAAAUCGCAUGCUUAUCCAUAAGAAAUGACGGAGCAGUCAAGUUGAUGUUAACAACGUUGUUAACUUUAACAAAGUUGGAAACAUUCGGAACAAUGUUUAACAUUUAUCUCGACAAUUCAGUUAAUAGCCCAAAUUUUAAGUCUCUGUAAACAUUACGCCACAAAACAAUAUCAUGGUCAGUUUUCUCUCUACUUUCUAUGGCUCAUAUUCAUUUCUAAACGAUUUAUUGUCAACAAAUGUAAGCUUUUCACAAAUAAAUUUAGUUCAUUCAGAUUGAAUUAGAAGGUCCUUUUUGAAGCUUAUACACUUCAGAAAUCUGGACGUUUUAAGGAUUUUGCCAGUUGUCAAUUUGAUUUUCAACUACAACGGCUUGACAGAUUGUCGAUAAAUCGAUAUAACAUUUUUAUGUAUUAUUUGUAGGCGAAUAGUUUGUGGUAAUCAUUUUCAAGCCCAUCAAAUAAAAAACGAGUUUAGAAAUUUGUGAGACCAAUAAUCAUUUACGGGAUACGCUUUAUAGUACAAAAUAUUAUAAAGAAAACAUUUUAGAAUUUUACAAAUAUUUCUUCUGACGUUAUAGCAAUGAGUAUGGGUUUUAUAGUUUAUUUGGAUAUCACAUUGGUAAAUAUAGUAUUUCUUGUUAUAUAGUUCAUACCGUAUCAUGUUAAAUUGUUUAGGUGCAACAGCUCUAUGACUUCUUCAGGUGAAUACGUUAUCAAUGAAAGCGUUGAAAACCUUGAAUAGCUGUUUUCGACACGCAUGAUUUUACUUUUUUACAAUUAUGUAAUCACAGGCAUUAAAAUCGAAUAAGUAAUAUUUUGAGAGGCCCCAAACUGUUAUCGAUAAGUGCCUUUCGUAUGUGAUGAUAUUUUAAUUCAAUUAGCUGCUGUCAUAACAGUAAUUGAUUAACAUAUUUGUACUAAAAUAUAUGCACAUUGCUUUAAUCUCGCGUGUUUAUUGCUAGUGUACAGUAAAUUAAUGUAUAAUUCUAUUUAAAAAAUCCCCUUAGGUUCCUCACCUAGAAUUAUUCAAGAUUAUUUGGCUUUCUUCCAAAUGCACAUUAACAUUGCAAUCUUAUGAACGUAUUAAAUAUAGCGGUCUUCCAAUUUGUACUUUUGUAAACCACAUAACACCUAGGUACCAUUUUGUAACCCCGACGCAUUAAUCCCUUUAAAAUUUCAUGUCAAAAUGUAAAUCUCAAGGUACUUGAUUUCGAUUUACGGAAUUCAAGAACUGGGCUGGUAUUCAAUAUAAGUGUUAGUUGGAUCUAAGAACGAUGUAGUGGAUCGGAUAACUUGCUAAUAAUAACUGAUCAAUAUAAUGAAUUAAGCCUUAAAACAACUUUAAUGCUUAUAUUUCUUUCAUCGUAAGAUCAUUUACGCGUCCAUUCGGUCAUUUAGUGCAUGGUGCUGUUUAUUAGUCUACUUCCCUUUAUCGCAAUUUAAGGGUUUGUUAGUAUCAUUAUAUAAAUAUGCACACGUCACGCUUGCUCAUGUUUAAAUAUGUUCAAUGGAGGCUCAACCCCAUAACCCUUUACAUUUCAAGAGAGGUAAUGAGAAAAACUAACACAGUUUUACGCAAAUUACGUAACACAUUUAAAUUCAAAUUGAAAUGCCGAAUUCAGUGAUUCUGUAACAAUGCAUUUAACACGUGCACAACUAAUCCAAUAAAACGUUGAUGAAUUUCCCCUUUUAUAUACAUGUAGUACAGAUUAAGCUUUUCUUUAUUCUUUUCUAAAACAACAUUUUAACAGAUUAUAUUGAGAAAGGACAUACAUUAGGUGUAGUAAGAAAGUGCAAGUAUGGUGUCAUUCACAAUAACAAUUUUCUUCAAUGCCAGGCCUUAUUUCUAAGAACCUUUUGUUUUGGGUUUCAAUAGAAAACACUUAUUUCACAUAAUAUACUAAUCGAUGCACUUAUACAUGCCAUCAUAUAUGUUGAUUUUGGGUACAACACAAUUGUCAAUGAGCAACCCGAUUAAUUUGCAUUGUGUAUCUUGUAGAGAUGAUUACCAUCUCUAUGAUAUCUGAUGUUGUACAUGUUGUGGGUAUUUGAAGGUGAAAGGAAUUUAUCAAAGUCCCAGAUCAAGUGUUGAUUUUGUGUGAACUGUAUGUGUGUUUGUUCUGUCUUUGUCGGUUGACAAUAUUUUCUCAGUGCUAUUGAACUUUGAACAUAGGUAUUUGAGCUACUGGACUUUAUCCUUAUACAUUUUAAUGAUGAAAUAUGUGUACAUAUUACUAUAUAAUUUUGUCCGAUAUGGACAAGUGGUAUUUGACCUUUGGACGACUAUGUAACAUAAGAUUACAUUUCUAAAUAGACAUAGUAUUAUGCUCAUUAGUUAUAUGUUUCUCGCUUGUCACAUUGGAAAAGACAAAUAAAUGACCUGUGCUGAA